GAUCACCAUAUAUACGUCAUAGCUGCAGGGGCCCUUCGAUGAGAGUUGUCACGUGAGUACGAGAUGCUUAGUUUCGCAAGACUUUAGGGCAGUCGCGUUUGUAGUUUACUGUUUUCCGUUUGCGCGACAAAAAUAAUAAUAUCAUUCCGUAAAUUCCAAAUUCUUUUUCGUGUUCUUUGGAAAGAGCAAUCAAUUUUUUAGCCACGAUGGCCCCGGCAAAGCGUCGUCCUACUACGCAUCCGACAGGAGAACCUCAAUCCAAAUCUGUCCGCCAUAACUAUGGAACUUCUGCACAAUCCUCAAGCCAAGCUACUGGUUCACGGAGUUCCCAAGCUUCUUAUCCUCCUCCCUCAGCUCCUCCAUCCUCUCUUGGCCACGCUAAUCGGCCCCCACCGAGAACAUCGUGGAUUGUGAUUGAUGAUGACGAUGAGGAUGGUGUUCCCGAUCCGAGUCAAAACAAUGAAGAUCCUGCUUCUUCAUAUGAGCUCUACGGAACUUUAGACAACAAAAUCGUAGGCGUUCGAUAUUACAACGGAGUUGUAAAUCCCGGCGAGAAGGUCCUCUGCAACCGUGACCCCGGCAACCCCUAUGACAAAAAUGCCAUCCGCGUUGAUAAUGCCAUGCGGGAUCAGAUUGGGCACGUGCCUGCUAUAGUUGCUGCAAAGAUUGCACCGUAUAUCGACAGAGGCGAUAUCAUCCUAGAAGGUGUUAUCACAGGCGAGAAGGAAACCUUUACUUGUCCUGUUCGUCUAAUCUUUUACGGCACUAGCGACCCUACAAGGCGUCUUCAGUUAGAGGAGAAGUUGAAAGCAGAUAGACUUUUGAAAGCUACACAGCUGAAGACUACUAGGCAGGAGGCGGAAGCCCAAAGGAAUGCCGCCAUGCGUCUAAGAUGCAACGCAUCCACUGUGGGCUUGGGGGGUGAAGGUGAAGAUGGAGAGCAGCAACAGUCGCUCCAAGAGUUGGCGGCGGACAGCGAAGCUGUGCAAUUCAGAGGUGACCUCAGUUCCGUUGACAUGUUUGCAAUGGACGAAGACUCUCUUUCUAAACUACCUAUGGCUGCUCAGCCUACAACCGUCGAGUCAACACUACUACCGUACCAGCUCCAAGGACUAGCUUGGAUGAUAGCCAAAGAGAAUCCACAACUUCCCGCCAUAGGAUCAAAGGAAGUUGUUCAGUUGUGGAAGCGCCAUAGUAAUGGGAUGUUCCUCAACCUGGUGUCUAACCAUAUUACAAACACACCACCAAAAUUAGUCUCGGGUGGUGUGCUUGCCGACGACAUGGGCCUGGGAAAGACUCUCCAGGUCAUCAGCUUGAUUAUGACGAGCGGUUUCGGUGAGGGCCCAACCCUAAUUGUUGCACCGGUGAGUGUCAUGAGCAACUGGGAGCAGCAGUUCGAACGACACGUAAAGGAGGAUCAACGCCCCCGUAUCUUUAGAUACCAUAAAGCCGGUACAUAUUCCAAGAACGACCUGCUGAACCAUGACGUCGUUAUCACAACCUAUGAUAAACUGCGCAACGAUCUGACUAGUAAGGGAAUAUUGUUUUCGGUAGAAUGGCGUCGGAUUGUCCUAGAUGAAGCCCACGCCAUCAGGAACUUUUCAACCUCCAGGGCCAAGGCUGCAUUCCAGCUAAAUGCCAAAUCUCGUUGGAUGUUGACUGGCACACCAAUCGUCAACUCGCCCAAGGACUUCUUAUCGGCUCUGAAGUUCCUAAGAAUGACCGGAGGCAUCGAAGAGACUACAUUCUUCGUAAACUUAAUCGACAAGCCUCUAUCGAAUGGCGAAGAAGGCGGGAAGAGCGAUAAAUUUAAGGUCGCCAAACAGCUAUUCCAGUCGUUAACCAAAGAUCUGUGUAUUCGUCGGAGGAAGGAUAUGAAGUUCGUUGAUUUGAAACUGCCUCCUAAAACCGAAUAUAUCCAUCGCAUCAAAUUUAGAGAUGAUGAGAGGGUUAGAUAUGAUGCUUUAUUUUCGGAAACUACGGAAGUGUUAGAAGCGUAUCGCCGUAGAAGGGAAGGUCAAAACAAUCGGGAAGGUCCCCAGAUACGAUUCACGAGUGUCCUAGAGAAACUCCUACGCCUUCGGCAACUAUGCUGCCAUUGGACGUUGUGUGGAGGUCGGGUGAAGGAUGUCUUGAGACCUCUCGAAAGCAAGAAAAUUGUCGAAUUCACUCCGGAAAACCUCCAGAUUCUGCAGCAGGCUCUUCUAACUGCCAAUAAUGAAGGCGAAGAAUGCCCGAUCUGUACAGAUGCAAUCAGCAUCCAUGAGCCCGUCAUCACGGCGUGCAAGCACCGUUUCGGAAAGCCUUGCAUUGCGAGGGCCCUCGAAAGAGACACCAGGUGCCCAAUGUGCCGCCAACCGUUGACUUUAGAAGCUAUCGUCGGGCUCGAACCGGUGAACGUUGAAAAUAGAUUUGACGGUGACACACGGAGCUCGAAGACGGAAGCUCUGGAGAAGAUCUUGAAAGCAAGGCUCGAGGAUCCAAAAUCCAAGGUUGUUGUAUUCUCGCAAUGGACUUCCUUCCUCGAAGUUAUCUCAAAGUUGUUAGAUGAGACCGGAUACAAAUACUGCCGCCUUGAGGGCUGGAUGACGGCGACUCGGCGCGAUCAAUCGAUAGAAGCUUUGAAUAACGACCCGAGCACGCGUAUCAUGCUCGCCAGUCUAGCUGCAAGCGGCGUCGGCUUGAAUCUGGUAGCUGCUGAUACGGUUAUACUUGUAGACUCUUGUAAGUUCACCUCGCAGACGCCUUAUGAAGUUCGUUCUACUAACCGCAAAACAGGGUGGGCACCGGCUAUCGAGGAUCAAGCCAUCGACCGCGUGCAUCGCCUCGGCCAAACGCGCGAGACGACCGUCUGGAAGCUAGUCAUGGAAGAUAGCGUUGAGGAACGAGUUCUCAACAUCCAAGCUAGAAAACGGGAGCUAGUCAACCUAGCUUUCCAAGACAAGGCCAGGGAACAAAAGGAAACAGGUCGCCUAGACGAUGUUCGACAAUUACUUUCGUAGGAGUGCUUUCAGUUUCACCUAUGGUAGGAUAAGCCAAAUCAUUACAUGGAACCGUAAAUACGUUUGGCAAUGGUUGUGGAACGGAAAAUGGAUGGACGGGUCAAAUCUAGAGAGUGCGCAUUGCUGCAAAGCAGGAUUGUUGUUUUGCUAUUGUACUACAGGGGCUUUGGUCUAGCUCAGCUAUACGAU